AAACACCUCCUCUUCUCCCCCUCAGACACUGGUACCUCCCUCGGCUCCUCGACCUCUGGCGGACAUCGCUCUCACUGGUGCAGCGUUGCUUACUGGGAGCAGCGCACGCGCGUGGGCCGCCUCUAUCCAGCCUACGAGCCCUCGCUCAGCAUCUUCUAUGACCUACCUCAGGGCACGGGCCUCUGCCUCGGCCAGCUCCACGCCAACGCCUACCACAGUCGCCGCGACGACCCGGGCAGCCACAGCGCGUCGGGCCUCCACGGGCAUCCCAUUCACGGAGACGGCGGGAACAGCAGCAGCAGCAGUGGCAGCGGCGGCGUGCAACAGAUACGCAGCAGAAUCGGUUUCGGGAUCGUGUUGAGUCGCGAGCCGGACGGCGUGUGGGUGUACAACCGCAGCCAGCACCCGGUGUUUGUCCACUCGCCCACUCUGGACCCACCCAGUGCUCGGGGACUGAGCGUGAAGAGAGUGAUGCCCGGCUUCUCCCUCAAAGUGUUUGACUAUGAACGCUCCAGCUGGAUGGCCGAGCAUGACGUGAAGCCGGAGAGCCAGGAGGGGCCCUGGGACCCCCACAGUGUUCGUAUUAGUUUUGCUAAAGGAUGGGGCCCGUGUUACUCCAGACAAUUCAUCACCUCCUGUCCCUGCUGGCUGGAGGUGCUACUCAACAACCACAGAUAGCACACACACACACACACACACAGGCUACAUCCAUACUACUACAUUUUCAUUCUAAUUAGUUACAGAGAGUCUUACUAAAGCCAAACAAUCAGGGUAAAGUCAAGUAUAUUUUAUUAGAGAAACAAUGAAAUGAAAGAACCAAUCAGGAUUAUAUCCAAAAGUUGUUUUUUGCAUAUGUAUCCUGAAAACACAGCCCCUAAAUUUUAAAACUAAAAUGGAGCUUUUUUUAACCCUUCUAUGACCAUUUUGUCGUCGCUGACAGGAUUUGAACUCCUUGACCGCUUCAAAAACUAUGGACUAGCGAACGACAGGACAUGCAGUACUAUGACUGUUAAACGGAUGAGUAACUGCCAGAUAUUGAAAGUGAAAGUUACCUUGGAAAAAGGAGCAUUGAACAUUUUUUGACAAUUCUUCAACCAUGAAAUCAGAAUAAAUCAUUAUCUUGAUGGUCAUGAAAGGGUUAAAGACUCUGAAGAGGAAUGAAUGCCAUUUCAAACGAAAAUGGGAGUAGUAUAAGUGUAGCCCAACACACACACACACACACACACACACGAGGUUCCCAGACCCAGUAUCCUAAUUGUAAUCUACCUAGAUUUAAUAUAAAAUUUAUAUAUUAUAUAAAAUAUAUUAUACAUGUAAAUACUUGAGUCAUUUUUACAAUGCAAUUAUUUAUGUAUAGUAUAAUGUGUAUAUGGACAAAAUUAAAAGAAGAAAAAAAAGGAAUAAGAAUAUGCACUUUUGAUUCUAUAUAUGCAUUACAGAUUCUCGGGUGUCAUUUUUUGCAGAUGUAAACUGUUGAAAAUCACACACAAAGCUGGGUUGUGUUCUCUCCAUCUGAGGAAUUCCAUCGAAAUGUAUGCCAUACACACAUUCUGAAUAAAGUAUUUGUAUUAAAACGUA